ACUUUCUGCUGUCAUCAGCACAACAGGAAAGACUAAUGGUUUUUGUUUUAAACUGAGAGCACUUUGAUUCAAGUUAGCCUGCCUUUAUUUUUCUUUUAGAACAGACUUUGAGUUUCGAGAUUUUCUUUUUACAGACGAACACUAUCUUUGACUAUUGGCUUUGAGAAAUAAUUUGUCAGAGUAUCUGCUCUAUGCCAACAAGAGCAAACCAUGGCCAAGCGAGUUGCAGUGGUUGGAGCUGGUGUGAGUGGCCUGUCCUCCAUCAAAUGCUGCUUGGAUGAGGACCUGGAGCCCACCUGCUUUGAAAGAAGUAAUGACAUCGGGGGACUAUGGAAGUAUACCGAAACUUCUAAAGAUGGGAUGACCAGGGUCUACAGGUCAUUAGUGACAAAUGUCUGCAAAGAAAUGUCGUGUUACAGUGACUUCCCAUUCCAAGAAGAUUAUCCCAAUUUCAUGAACCAAGAAAAAUUUUGGGACUAUCUUCAAGAAUUUGCUGAGCACUUUGACCUUCUGAAAUACAUUCAGUUUAGGACCACAGUGUGCAGCGUAACGAAGCAUCCAGACUUCUCCAAAACUGGUCAGUGGGAAGUCGUCACAGAGACAGAAGGGAAGCAGGACAGAGCUGUCUUUGAUGCUGUCAUGGUUUGCACUGGACGCUUCUUGAAUCCCCAUUUUCCUUUGAAGUCCUUUCCUGGAAUCCAUAAGUUUAAAGGCCAGGUCCUGCACAGUCAAGAAUACAGGAUCCCAGAUGGCUUUGAGGGCAAACGCGUCCUAGUGAUCGGUCUUGGGAACACCGGAGGGGACAUUGCAGUGGAGCUCAGUCAAAUCGCAGCUCAGGUACUUCUCAGUACCAGAACUGGUAGCUGGGUUCUGAGCCGCUCUUCAGAAGGAGGCUAUCCAUUAAGUAUGAUGGCUAUAAGAAGAUGCCAUAAUGUUAUUGCACAAGUUCUGCCUUCAUGUUUACUGAAGUGGAUUCAAGAGAGGAGGAGUAAUAAAAGAUUUAACCAUGAGAAUUAUGGAUUAAGUAUUCCAAAGGGGAAAAAACCAAAAUUUAUUGUGAAUGAUGAGCUGCCAACCUGUAUCCUCUGUGGGACAGUCACCAUGAAAACCAGCGUGAAGGAGUUUACAGAAACCUCCGCUCUCUUUGAAGAUGGGACAGUGGAAGAAAACAUCGAUACUGUGAUCUUCACUACGGGAUACACAUUUUCUUUUCCCUUUUUUGAAGAACCUCUCAGAAGCCUUUGUACAAAGAAGUUGUUCCUGUACAAGCAGGUCUUUCCCUCAAACCUAGAGAGGGCAACACUAGCUCUCAUUGGCUUCAUUGGCCUGAAAGGAUCCAUCUUGUCAGGCACGGAGGUCCAAGCACGAUGGGCCACACGAGUAUUUAAAGGACUCUGCAAGAUACCCCCAUCCCAAAAAUUGAUGGCUGAGAUUGCUAAAAAGGAGCAACUCAUAGAAAGGGGGGUGAUGAAAGAUAGCAGUGAAGACAAGCUCGACUUCAUUUCCUACCUCGAUGACCUCACUGCAUGCAUAGGCGCGAAGCCCAAUGUCCCAUUUCUCUUCCUCAAGGAUCCCAGACUAGCUUGGGAAGUUUUUUUUGGACCAUGUACUCCUUACCAGUAUCGCCUAAUAGGCCCUGGAAAAUGGGAUGGAGCCAGAAAUGCCAUCCUGACCCAGUGGGACAGGACACUGAAACCCUUAAAAACUCGAUUUGUUCCUGAUUCCUCCGAGCCCGUCUCCAUGUCACAUUACUUAAAAACUUGGGGGGCACCUGUCCUACUUGCUUCUCUUCUUCUGAUCUGUAGAUCUUCACCUGUUUUGAAAUUGGUACAAGAUAAUCUACAGGAUAGAAUUUCCCCUUACCUAGCAAGUAUCUGGUGAGGAUGAAUCUGGUUGGUUACAAGGGUUACACCAAUCAUAUUAAUUCCAUCUCCAUAUAUCUUGUGCAGCCCUACUCUCCUCUCCAUCAUCACUACUAUCAUCCAAGGUCAGGUCCAAUCAUCUCUUAUCUGAAUUAUUGUAAUGUCUUCUCUGGUCUCAGUACCUCCUUUCUUGCCUCCCUUUCCAAUCCAUAUUCUACUCUGCUGCCUAAGAAAUUAUUCUAAAAUAAAAAUAUUGUCACUGUUUCCAUCAAGAUCCUGGUGGGAAUAAGAUGGCACUCAAACUAUGUAAUUUGUGGAAAUUUUAAUCUAGAGAUUAUUUCAAAAAGUUUGGGCAGAGCAUAGAGAAAUCAUAGGGAUAAUGAAAUACCCUCAGACUAGUAACAGCAAGGUAUUUUUACCAUCCCUAGGCCUAAUGAGGCAAGGGGAGAGAGCAAUUAUGAGAGAGAGAAGGAGAGGUUGACGAUGUAGAGGGAGCCACCUCUCAAGAGCUGUGACCUUCAGCUGACAGACAAAGGCAGUCCAUGGUGACCCCAAAAGUACAGAGCUGGGGAAAUAAAUUGCCUGACCUUAUUCUCUUCCCUCUUUCUGAUCCCCUGCCCUGGCUCCCCAAUGGCCUAACCUAACCAAAACUCAGAGGGCAAGGUUGCUGACUGUUGUGGAUUGAAUUGUGUCCCCAAAAAAGAUAUAUCCAAGUCCUAACCCUGGCAUCUGUGAAUGUGACCUUAUUUGGAAAUAAGAUCUUUGCAAAUGUAAUCAAGUUAAGAUGAGCUUAUACUGU